AUGCUUCAAAUAACAUGUUCUUCAAUUACUCGUUUAACUUUUUACGCUAAUGCUGAUCCAUUUCCAUUUUCUACUAACAUACAAGAACAUCAAACUAUUUGUUACAGUUUAGAAGAUUUAAAAGAUGUUUGGCAAGUUGUUUUUUACACUAAAGCAUACUAUCCUUACAACAUAUAUUACAUAGAAGGUAAUGAAAUACAAAAUUUAACUCUACGAAAUGAACCAGAACUAAUUUAUGGAUUCUCUAAAUCAAAAGGAAUGAUUGCAAUCGAAAAUUUAUAUAUGUUUCAGCGUUUUACUGGUUCUUUCUUUGGUUUUUAUGCCGGAAAAGAUGAAAAAGUAGGAACAAUUGUUUCAUUAAUCGAUAACGACAUAUAUACUGUUCAAUCGAACCAUACAACUGACUUAGAAAACAAACAUAGUCAUUACAAUUAUCUUUCACUUGUUGAUCAUAGUGACAUUUUAAUAAAUUCUUUAGAAAAAUCUCAAGUUAAUGCAUAUUUCACUGAAUAUGAUCAGUAUUUUAAACGAGAAACAAAAAUUCUUGACUUUAACACGAAAUACGAAUAUAUUGGAUAUUUCAGUGUUUCUUUAGAGUAUAAAUCAAAUCAAACAGCUGGAUUUCAGUUCAGAAGAUACGGAGAAAAUGACAAAGGACUGAGAUUGGUUAUGUUUCCAACAGAAAAUCAAACAAUUUUUUAUCCAGCGAAUCAAACAGCGAUUGAUCACAAAUUAUAUGGUGGAUAUCACUUCCAUUGGGAGUAUAUAAUAUAUUUUGUUAUAGGCUAUUAUGCAUUUUGCUUUUUAUUAUUUAUUCCGAUUGGAAUUCUUGCAAAAGUUCAUCCAAACAGAUAUUACAGGUCAGGAAUGUCAUGUCAAUGCUGUUACAAAAGUUGCAUUAAGGAAUAUUUCGCAGCAGAAAAACAUUAUAAAAAUCAUCCAACAACUUGCAUUUAUUGUGCUACAUGUUGCAAAAAUCCUUUUGAUAUUAUAUUUAUGCAGACAAAACAAGGUACUGUGUUUCUUAUGGAUAUGCUCUGUAGGAUUUGGGUAAUUCCAGUUAUGUACGCAUUUAUAUGGGUUGUAUUUCUCUUAUUUGUUGAAAUUCAUGUUCUCAUUAACUUGUGCAUGCGUUGUAAUGCUGAAGAAGCCGAUUUUGAAUCAAAUUAUAAUCCAAAAAGUGAAAUAACAGUCCCUCUAAGUGAAACGCCGACAUAUGCUAUAAAUCAAGAAAACAUUGCUCGGCAAGGACUAAUUGAUAACCCUUAUCAAUGA